CCUCUUCCUUUUUCACCUUUUUACUUAGUAUUAAGCCUUUUCUUUCUCUAUCCCCUUCUUCAUUUUCCCCAUAAUAUCAUCAUUAUCUCCCCCACAGGCAAACAUGUCUUGGAACACAAAGAAAGCAAUCGAAGAACUUGUCCGAGGCAAAGAGUUAACCAAACAGCUACGAGAUCUGCUCACUAAAUCUUUAACAGAUGAUGGCUUUGUGAACAGUGAAGAUCUGGUCCUUAAAAUCUGUGAAACUUUUGCUAAUACCCUUUCCUUAUUAACAAACUCUAACACUACUACUACUGCUGCCGUCGCCGAUUAUUAUUACAAUGAUGAUUUUAACGACGUUUCUCAAAAACCUACCAUCAACAUCACUUCCGAUGGUCGGAAAUCCGAAGAUUCCGGUGACAGCAUUAAAAGUCCUCCUUCUACACAUAGAGAUCGAAGAGGAUCUUACAAGAGAAGGAAGUGUGUUGAUUCAAGGAAAAAAAUCACCUCAGCACUUGUUGAUGAUGGGUAUGCAUGGAGAAAAUAUGGCCAAAAACAAAUCCUUCAUGCCAAUCACCCAAGAAGCUAUUUUAGAUGCACCCACAAGACAGAUCAAGGUUGUCAAGCAAGCAAACAAGUCCAAAAGCUUGAAGAUGAUCCUCCAAAGUAUGAAACAAUAUACUAUGGUCACCAUACUUGCAAAAACAUGCUCAAGUCUUGUCAUUUCAUGGUGGAAGAUUCAACUUGUAAUAACGAUUCCUCUAUAUUACUUAGCUUUGCAAACAACAGUACUCUCACAAACAAGCAAGGCAACGACAACCCUUUUUUCUCAUCGGUGAAACAAGAGAGCAAAGAGGAUUAUAAACCAAUCAGUGAAAUCACUUACAAUGGAUCAUCAUCGUCUGAGUAUCUUUUGUCACAUCAUCAUCAGUUGAGUACCUUUGAUCUGUCAUCAGCUGAUAUGACAGUUCUGUCACCUGAUCAUGAUGUUCUAUCUGAUGUAGUAGAUUCUGUAGAUCUUGAUGAUUUGCUUCAGUUUUGAAAGGCCGGGGGGUAGGGUUAGCUUGCUUUGUUAGUGAUCUUGAUUAUGAUGAUGAUGAUGUUAGGCUUUUUUUUUUUGAAAAAGAAAGAAGGUUAAAUCUCUUUGCAAUCUUAAUGUAGAAAUAUUGGGUUAUGCUUCUUUUUUCUUAUAAUAAGAAUAGAGCUGCAAAGUGCAUACAGCUCUUUCUCCCA